GUCGCUGGUGACGGCCGUGACGGGACUGUUUUGCGCCAUGGCCGCGUGGCUGGCAUGUGGAGCAGGAACAGCUCCUCAAGGGUUGCCGGAGGCACCUGCUGCGAUGGAGGUACCGCGCUCCAGAGACUCUGCCGGACCUAACGCAUCGGCAACAGUGGGAGGUCCAGAAGCAGCCGAGGAGGUACUUGCAAAGCAUGCAGCGAAGACACAAAGUUGUGUCCAAACCGGCGGCAGGCGCCACCUACCGACAACACC